AAUGGUAAGCAUACCCAGCUGGCAAAGGGUUCGAGGGCAACAGCAAUUUGCAAAAGAGGAACAUUUGGCUCCAGUUAAAACUGCAGAUGAAUUUAGACAGGAAGAAAUAAUCAGAGAGGCCGAAGCGAAUGGAUACUUUCUUAUUCCAGCAAAAGAAUUUAUAUCAUCUCAAUUCUUCCCAGAAGAAGAACAGUUUGAACCAGUUGAUAAAGAAGUUCUUGAAAAGCAACCAUGGAAAAGAUUUGAAAUAUUUAGACAGAAGAGAAAUAAUGAAUUAUCAAACAUUCGUUUGGUAAAGUUGAUUGGUGUUAGGUUAAGAGGUGUAGGAGAUUUAGGUAUACUUACUAAUUUACGUAUAUGUUCUUUGGCAAAUAACUACAUUGAGGAUAUAAAAGGCUUACAAAGUUGUACAAAAUUAAUUAAAUUAGACGUUAGCUCUAAUUUAAUUAAAAAUAUUCCUGGAUUUCAUUUCUGGGAAAAUUUCACAGAUCUAAGAAUAUUACAUCUGCACGACAAUCCGAUAGGCUCGAUAGAACAUAUAAAAUCAUUGGGGGCUCUGGAUUCUAUUACUAUCCUAACACUCUAUGAUACUCCAUUGAGUUUAAAACGUAAUUAUCGACAUCAUGUUGUAAAUAGUUUAUGGUCUUUGAAAGCGCUAGAUCAUCACGUAAUUAGCGACGAAGAAAUUAUAGAAGAUGCCAAAUUCGGUGGUCGAUUCGCCAUGUUUUCUAAUAACUUUAGGAUAAAUCUAUAUGAGAAUGCAAGUCAGAACGCCAGCUAUGAAGAUGAAAUGAAGAUAUUUUGUGAGAUUAUUAAUAAAACUAAUAAGUGCUUGGCUCACUAUUCACCAGUCCUUCUCUUGCAACGAAUUUUUAGAGGGUACUUGACGAGAAAGCACCUGCAUAUGAAACCUAACAGGUUAUUUAAAAAUGUAAAAGUAAUGGGAUCUCAGAUGGACACUACAAGAAUGGAUUAUGAUAUGUAUUUAGCAAAUAGACGGCCAGGAUCUGGUACUGUUGAAACAUCUCGCCAGCAAUCUGGAAAGCGUUUACGCUCUGCCAAUUCGAUCGUUACAGAUCGGGCAGAGUCUCGAAAUAGAUCUGUCGGUAGUGCUGUAUCGGUCAAGAGUUCCAUAGCUUUCAAGGGUAUAUGCGUAUCAAAAUCUCAAUUGGAAGAUGGUGGUCUAUUGUUAAAAUUCUCCAAGAAAAAUGACGAAGUAGAUGCAUAUUUGGGAGAAGAGACAACCGUUAAAUUACCUUCCAGGGGAAGGUCAAAACGUUCCGUGAAACCUCCUCCACCCACUGCUGAGGAGAAGAAAAGAGUUCAAAGGCCCAGUGUUAGGCACUUCUUUGGUCCGGUUGUCAACCCGCCAAAUUCACCGGAAGCCGAAGACGAGGACGAUGCCCCGGAGAACACCAAUUUUCGAUUAAGGGGUUUUAAACCUGUCAGAAAUAAACUUAACCCAACAGCCCAAUUAUUGAUUGAUAAAAGAAAUGCGGGUUUAGACGUUCGCCACGGCAUGAGUGAAGCUCAUGAGGCUAUAGAUAAGAAGUUAUUUAUUAAACCUGUUUCCAAGAAAAAGCAGAAAAGUGGGGAGAGUUCUCAAAUGGUAAAGAAGCUGUUUGAAGAUUCAAGUUUUUCUUGCCUUAGAGCCGUUCACACGGCCUAUUCCGAUCGACAGAAAGCCGAGAAGCUAGCUCAUCAACUUGAGGUCGUUAUGAGUAUGAAAGAAGAGAGGGAAGCUGCUAGACGAAGGGUAAAGGCAGCUCAAGAGCAAAAAAGGACGAAUGCCCUUAUAUGGCGUGAGAGAGAGCUAAAAAGCCUACAAGAAUCAUUGCAAAAGAGGCAGGAACUUCAUAGAACUGCCUUAAUGCGUGCAACAGCCCAUCGUUCUAAGUCAACUGCAAUCUCUAGAUUUAGACAGCGAGAAAGGACGUUUGUGAGUGAUUUUGCCGUCCAGAAUACAUCUGUGUCAAACGCUUUAAUGAAGCAUGAUCGCUCAACUGUUAAGGAAGAUCAACUUCACAGCAAAUCUGAAAUGGUAUCAGCAUACAGGCAGCAGACUGCUGAGCAGGCUGCCAUUGUACAAAGAUACUUGGAACACAGGCAAUUAUUAUUACAGAAUGACCGAGCACUUUCCAGGGCUAAUAUCGAUGCCAAAAUGCUACAAGAGGCCAACAGCCGUCUAGGUGAAGCGAGAGAUCGAGUGCAAAAGUUGAAAAACAGACAGAAUACAAUAUCCGAUGUACUUCCACCUGUUACAGCUCCUUUCCCAACUGAGGAUGAAAGAAGCGAUAUUUCGAGAAAAAAAUUCUCAUCUCAAAUAAAAAGUAAUCGCAGUAAUACAGUUCUUCCUGUUUCGUGAAACUUCCAAAUUAUUGCAAUUAAACUACAGCAUUAGAUCAACUGCAAAAUUAUUAAAAUAGUUCUAUAAAAUACAAAGCUAGUUUAUUUAUUGAUAAUUUAUGUUGUAGCUUUUAGCAUUAACGAAACACUUACAAGAUUUCUUCAAGUCCUUUACG